AACACAUGGCCUUAUGGCCGUACGGCGUGCAGCAGCUGGAGACCGCUGUGGCCAUUCUGGACCGUUUCAAGAAGUGGAAGAGCAUUGUUGAGGACUUGGCCGGGUUCUUUUCUGCGAUUCAGGGACUGGAGGGCGCCUCGGCCCGCGAGCACCGCCGCCGCUGUGUGCUUGUAGAUGCAGGUCCAAACAUCACAGCCGCUCUACAGGGAUCGCUGCGAGCAAUGGCGGAGGAGCACAGCAUGUGCGAGAAGAUCCUGGGCGACAGCAUCGCCAAACGGCUGCUGAACAUGAAGCACGAGAUACUCAAGAAUCUUCGGAGAUACAAGAACGAUCUCGACAAGCAGUUUUCUGUUAUCGCCAAGAUUAGAAACGAAACGGUGGCAUCGAUAGCCACACACGAGAAGAUCCACCGGGCACAGCUGAACAUCACCACAAACGGGCUAGAUCCGUGGCUGACGGAGCGCAUUCUGUACAGACAGCUGCAUGAGAUGGUGCAGGCCGAGAACAGAUUCCAGGAUAACGUCAAGAUGCUGAUUGCCGAGAUCCAGGAGUUUGACCGAACCGUGGUUGUCGAGCUUAAGCGCAUCUUUGAGGAGUACUCCCACAUCCGCACAAGGGCGCUGACGACGCUGAAUAACCAAAUGUGCCAAACCACCACGCUGGUCGAGCAAAUCGAUCCCACGGCCCCGUUCAAGGGAUUCUCGGAGAAGAAUUUCAACUUCCUCGAGUCCAGCAUCUGGGAUCGAGAGCGCAAGAUCGACGACUUUCCGUAUCUGUCCUCGGAAGUCAAGAUUGUCAAACAAGGCAUCAUGUUUCGGCCCGGCCGGAUCGUCAAGACAGCAUGGAAGCCCGCGCUGUUUGUCCUGACGGACUCGUCAUGGAUACACUGCUUCUCUGAGUUCCGACCCGGCGAGAGUUCUGAAAGCCUCGAUGCCGAGGAGCAGCGUGCGGUCUAUCAGAAUCUGACCAAGGCCACGACGCACUUUAGCGUGUGUCUCAGCCGCCCAAGAGUCACUGUCCAGAGGGUGGAAAGCAAAUCCUCGCUCUCGAUCUUUGAACUCGUGGUGCACAAGAAGAGAAAGCCCAAGCAUCUCUUUAGCGCCACCGAGUCGGUGAUGCGCUACGAAAUCAAGGCCAACAACGAAGAGGAGGCAGAAGAGUGGGUGUCUCUGUUGCAGAGGACCAUCGAGAGUUGCAUUCCGGACGGCCCUCCAAAGCCCCUGUUUCGGUCCCCAACGGAGCUGAUCGACUUUACCCGCCGUGGCAAGAGCGAGCACCCAUUCGAGCACGCCGGCGAAAGCCAAAGAACCAUCAAUGCCAACAUCCCGCCCGCGACAAAAGACGGCCAGCCCAGCGCCGAUCCUGUCGACGGCAGCGAGUCGAUUUACCACUCGCGGGCAUGCACCGAGCUGGCCAAUCCCGAGCAUGGCGAUGACCACAUGCUCGGCCUGCGGCAGCUGAAGGCGAUCCAGUCGGUGCCAGUGAUCUACAGCCACGGCAUUGCCGCAGCGGCGAAGGACUGAUCUCGCCGUCUGCACGCGGAGGGGUUCGCUGGCCUGCGGCUGUGCCUCAAGCGCAGCGAGCAGGCUAUGAUGCCGCCCGGGGAUUGGCACUCUCGACAUUCCGAUGCUGUCGAUCCGUGCGAUGGGGCUGCGGCAAAGCGAAAGAGCGGGUGCGGUGCGGAUGCGGUGCAUCCGCGGACCGAGCUGCCCUCUCGCACGGCACUCGACCCGCUCAAACGGAGACAGGACACGGCGUAUACAUAAAUUGGUG